AAAGUUUUGAUAUGAUCGCCUUUAAUCUACCAGAACUAGACGAAAUCGAUAUACCAGAAAAGCGUUCACCGCAUCAAAAAUACGCAUUCUUUUCCAUGGAGUCCCCUCAGUACAACCCCGUAUGCAUUGACAUGUAUGACGACUUUUUCAACUGGACUUUUACUUAUAAACUUACAUCUGAUUUCCGACUUUGGUUCUUUGAAAUAUACAACAUAAACGAAACAAAGAUUGGUCCGCCAGUUAAUGUAUGGCCUACAUUUGAUCCCAUAGAUGAUGAUAUAAAAAUGAUGUUAGACGGGAAGACCAAAAUAGCCGCAUGGUUCGUAUCAAAUUGUAAUACAAGAAGUGGUAGGGAGAAAAUUGCUCAGCAACUUGAUGAGGAGUUAAAAUAUAGGUACGGUUGGUCGAUUGAUAUCUACGGGCAUUGCGGUAAAUUUGCCUGUCCAAGAAGAUAUGCUGAAAUUUGUAAUAAAAAGAUAGAAGACGAGUAUUUCUUCUACCUGGCAUUUGAGAAUUCUUUUGCGGAUGAUUAUGUAACAGAAAAAGUAUUGUUAGCGGUUAACAACUACGCAGUUCCAAUUGUAUUUGGUGGAGCUAAUUAUUCAAGGUUAAAUAUAAUUAUUUACUUUAUGCUUAAGUAA